AUGGAUAGGUCUGGUGAUGUAUCAGGCUCAAAGGCACCGCAAUCGCCUGUAUCUAUCCACAAGUCAUUGCCACCCGAUGUCCUUGUCAAGAUUUUCCACCACCUUCCCGUACCGUCUCUCGUCAAUGUCGCUUUGGCAUCACGGCGUUUCAAGGUGCUUUGCUACGAUGACGAAAUAUGGGAUACCAAAAUCCAGCUUAUGCUCGGCUGUGACUCGAGUGGACUCUCAGGUGCAGAAACGUCUCAAGAUACGAGCAGCAGUAGCCUGAUGAACAUUGAAGAGACCAUCAAAAUCAACAACAAACCCCUGAACGCAUUGAUACCUGGGCUAUCAACGGAUCCGUUCAACACACGAGCAAGAGCACGAUCAACAGGACAAGCCAGAGAAAAGUUCAAGGAGUUGUAUGUCCGCUUAAUGCCGUACUAUGUUGAUCUACGGCACAAGUCAAGAGAAUCCAAAGUGUUGAAGGAUUAUGGUCAUCAACCAGAAAAAUGCGGGAGGUUACUUCAUACAUUGGUUGCUUUUGGUCGUUGCCAUGUGGUGGAUGAUUGGAAAGACAUUAAUAAAGCGGUUGAAUCUCUGUGUCAAUACUUUGAGAACGCGUCGCUACAUAAAUUUGAAACGGCGUAUGAUGUGCAUGAUAUCAAUGACAUGAAGACGUUUGCUCAUGCACUUAUUGCGCUUAAUGGUGGAUCCAUUUGCAUACAAACAUACAUCCAGAAGCACCCUAUUUUCUUUGACAACCCCUUCAAGCCUGAAGAUAAUUUCACUGCAUCAGCGCAUGAUCUGGAGCCCUUUCGAAAGUUCAUGUCCUUGGUGACAGAAGAGUGUCGACAGCAAUCAUUCGUCGUUUCAGAAACAUUCCCACCCGAUGUUGAUGUUUAUUAUACUUUUGUUGAUCGUGUAUUGGAGGAUGUGGUGGCGGACUAUGUGAAUGCAUUACUUGGCAUCGCUCAACGUCGCGAGAGACGCUUGUACUUGCAUACCAUUUCUGUGGUGCUCGAUGUUGCAUCCAAAAUGAUCCAAGAGUUUACUCAGGACAAUCUUCCACGUGGCAUCAGUACGGAUUCCAGCAUCAAUCUACUAUUCAAGCUUUUUAUCCCAUUAAUCGACGACUAUUUAUACGAAGAAUUGCAAUAUGUCAAAGAUACUUGCAAGAAGUUAAUUGAUGAUUGGAACGAUGGCUAUGGCUCUCGGAGGGAAGAUGCAUCGUCUCGGCUAACAAAUCAAUCACGUGAAACGUUUAAGAGAAACUAUCUCUCAGCAUUCAAAAAAAUGAUUGCACUCCCUGCCGACCUAGUCACUUCAGCAGCUACCACCAUUGCUUCACCGUUUCAGCGAUCACGUGAUGAAUCAUCAACACCUUCGGCAUCCAAAAACAGUGAUACCCAUACGACCAGCAGCAGCAGCCCUACAACGCCAACCAGCAAACGAUCGUCCAUGUUGAAAACAUCAUCGCCGUCGUCGCCAGUAGAUAUCCGUGACACCGAGUUCAAUGCUGCUUUGCAUGAAUUGGAUACGAUGCAAGAUUUGCUUAGUUUGGAAACGGUUCUGCAGCUGAUUCACGUCAAUAAGGACGCAGAGCGUCGUGUCGAGAAAUUCCUUCAAAUCGGCUUCCCAGAAGUCAUGCACGCCAAAGUUCUAAAAACGUAUGAGCAAAUAUUUAUACAGCUACUACGCACUCUGGGACAUGAACAUAUCGAGCCAGCUUUUGAAAGGGCUGGUGAGCACUUGAAGACAUAUACCCCAGAUAUGGAUUCCCUUGACAGCGUAGACGUGCCCCCUUUGACCGAAUUUUUCGAGAUGGUACAUGUAGGCGAUGUCAUACAACAAAUGCUCCAGCUCUAUUAUGACGAAGAAAUUAGCAAAUAUAUCGAUAAAAUGGAUUUCAUCAACGACGUCAACAAAGAGAAAAAGACAUUCGAACGCACUUUAGAUGAUUGCGUGGCAAAUGGCAUGGACCGCGGCAUUCAGGUGCUUCUAUCUCAAGUAGAGUACAUAUUGGCCCAUGAACAAAGACCGGAAGACUACAAUCCUGAAAAUGAAUGCCUUGCAGAUCUCAAACCGACAAAGGCGUGCCGAGAUGCUAUUGAAUGUCUACGGUCCAACACAUCUAUGCUUAAUGGGGCUUCUGAGAAAUCAACUAUGGAUCUCUUCUUUAGUGAAGUGGGUCGUCGUUUUGGGGAGGUCCUGAGCAAACACCUAAAAGCACAAACGGUCAAUGAGCAAGGAGGAUUCCAGUAUAUCAGUGACAUGAAUGCGUAUUAUAAUUUUAUUACCACCUUGAGGCAGAGCUCAAUAACGCCUUAUUUUUCCGCCCUGAAAUCGCUCGCCAACAUCUACAUAAUCUCAUCAGCACCUGAUAUCAAGAAUGUUAUCCAUGAUCUUGAGAGAUACCACGGGUUGAUGAAGACCGAAGACCUACUUGAAUUUGCAGCAUGUCGAAGCGAUUGGCCUGUGAUUAAAAAGGUGGUGAUGAAGGAUAUCACUGAUUGUAUCAUCAUGUAA